AAAACAAGUUUAUUUACACGCAAUAUAUCACGAUCACUAGGACGUUUUUGACCGAUAACUUGUGUAUGAGUCACCAACAUUUUCGUCAAGCUGAUUGUUUGGAUGUCAGUGGAGAUUUGAAUCGAGAAGGCGAAAGACACGUUCAGGAACUGGGGCUUGUUCUUUAGAUCAAAGAAAUGGCGACGUGCUUUGAAAAAUGUUACGAUGUGGUAGAAAACAAAAUUGGAUCCGUAUUUUCAAGGUACGGGAAAUUCGUAGCAAGACAUCCGUGGAAAAUCAUCAUCACAGCCGUUCUUGUUAAUGGCCUUUUAGGAAUAGGAAUGAUUCGGUUGAAUGUUGUCAUAGAUGUUGAGCGUGUUUAUACACCAAUCGGGAGUCAAGCUAGCAAAGAUGGUGAAAAAGUAAGUGAUUUAUUUCCUGACUUGAGCGGAUCUAACUUUAUAGGUUAUCAAAUGCCUGACAUGGGUAGAUAUGGUGAGGUGAUAGUCAUUCCAAAAGGAGGGAAUAUACUAAACGCUCAGUUUCUUACACAACUUAAAACGUUCCACACGUUUUUAUUGUCGAUCGGAACAAGUGACAAUAAUGGAAAGACCGUUAAGCUAACAGACAUUUGUGCUAAAAGUCUUGGAAGUUGUGCUAUUGACGGAGAUUUGUUUGUAGACGAUCAAUUUAUAGCACAUGUAAAUUCAAGUCAUUCGAUUCCAUUUCCAUAUUAUAAUCAUACCAUUCGAGGUCUGAUUUAUUAUGAACAAAACGUUGGUGGUGCCGUAGUCUCCUCAAAUACGCUGCAAGCUGCACCAAUGCUUCUUAUGCGAGUGAAUCUCCGCAAAGAUUCGGACUACUUUACUGAAACUGCAAAGAAAUGGCAAGACUCUUUCUUAGCAAAAAUGAAGGGAUUUUCAUCAAAUGAUUUUAACAUUGUUUUUUCCCAUUCUGACUCGUUAAGCGAGGAACUGAAUGAAAACGUGAUAGGAGAUAUCACGAUUUUUUCAAUAACGUUUACAUUAAUGAUAACUUAUGCCUGUGUAGCGACACUUACAGCUCGCUGUGAUGUAGUCGGCCAGAGAGCUAACUUGGGUUUUGCUGGAGUCAUAGCAGCUGGUCUAGCUAUCGUUGCUGCAUUUGGUCUAUGUAGUGCUUGUGGAGUUGAAUUUGUCAGUAUUGUUGGAGUGAUUCCAUUUCUAAUUAUAGGUAUCGGAGUAGACGACAUGUUCAUGCUAAUGUCAGGAAUCACAAACACGAACUAUGGGGAGUCUGUCGAGGAUCGCAUUGGUGAGACGAUGAAAACAAGCGGUAUUUCAAUUACAAUAACCUCUCUCACAGACCUGUUUGCAUUCGCUGCCGGGACUUCAUCGGUGUUCCUCAGUGUUAGGAACUUUUGUAUUUAUGCUGGUGUAGCAGUUGUGUUUUGUUAUAUAAAUCAAGCGACCAUAUUCUUAGCAAGUAUCGCAAUCAACGAGAAUAGAACAAAUGAUAAUCGACAUUUUCUGACGUGCUUAAUUGUUCCAACACCAGAUAAAGAACCAAAAAAGACAUCAUGUCACAUACUAUGCUGCAAGGGUAGAAAACCUGAAAACUCUACAGAAUCUGAAAGCUUUUUGGAUAAGUUUCCCGGCUGGAUUUUGCCAAAAAUAAUAUCAGUCCCAGCUAAAGUGAUCAUUUUAAUCCUGUUUUCCGGGUAUCUAUCGGUAUCUAUCUGGGGUGUCACUCUAAUGGAAGAGGGUUUAGAAAUGCAAAAUCUUGUUUCACAAUCGUCCUACUAUUACAAAUAUCGAGAAUUUUUGGACAAAAAUUUCCCUCUUGGAACACCUGUCUCUUUUGUCUUUGAUAACAGAUUGAAUUAUUCAGAUAUUUCAAUACAAGAAAAGAUAAAUGAUUUGCUGCUAAUUGCAAAAGCAGAGAACACGAUAAAGAAUUCAGUAGAAAUUAAUUGGUUCACAGAAUACAAAAACGAUGCAUUACAUUAUAUGAACUCUACCGAAAGCGAUUUUAUUAAGGGUUUACAAUCAUUUUUGAGUCUUACCAGUAACGCCCGUUUCCGAAAUGAUGUUGUUAUUGACAAAAGUAACAGUUCCAUAAUUGCUUCAAGAAUUCACGUUAUGUCAGAGAGUAUUAAGGAGUCUCAGGAACAAGGAAAAUUUAUGCAGCGAAUGAGAGACCUUGCAUCUGACAGAACUGUCUUGCCUGUUUUUGCAUUUUCGCCAGCUUUUCUAUUUUACGAACAGUAUGUUAUUAUUCUAUCUCAAACACUGCAAACUCUUGGGAUCGCCGUGGCGAUGGUUUUUUUCAUUACAUUUAUUUUCAUGCCACACCCACUGCUUCUUUUGUACAUUACUACAACAGUUGCCAUGAUAACAGUUGGAAUUUUUGGAUCUCUUCCGUUCCUAGAUUUGACCCUAAGCUCCAUUACAAUGAUUCAUAUCAUUAUGAGUAUAGGCUUUUCCGUAGAUUUUGCGGCACAUAUAUGUCAUGGUUACAUGAUUUCCAAAGGAAAAGACAGAAAUGAACGUAUGAAGGAGGGUUUAAGAAGGUCAGGAACUCCUAUAUUUCAUGGAGCAAUUUCGUCUAUCUUGGGAGUUAUCAUUCUUGCAGCCGCGAAGUCCUAUAUAUUUUUCUCUUUUUUCAAAGUCAUGAUUGUUGUUAUAACAGUUGGUAUUCUUCAUGCUUUGUUUUUGUUACCUGUCAUUCUUUCUCUUGUCGGGCCCCCAAUUUCAUCAGGAACGGUUGCUCCAGAUUCUGUUUCAAGAGAGCAAACACGACCAGAAAACGAUAAUGUGUCAAACAAGGCUUCUGGAACAUAUGAAGACAUAUCAAAACAGGAAAACGUUAGUUAUGAAAGAAUUGAAGCUACUAAAUCAUAUCACGAUAAGGCGUUAGAGCUUGGUCGUUUUAAUAUACAGCGACCUGUUGUUAGCACAACGCCUACAGAUAUUUGAAGAAAAUGCCUUUCCAGAUAGCAGUUUUAUUCACAAAACUGGAUAAUUAUGCAAUACUUGGCUAAAUACUACCUUUAGGGAAUUUGUACAUGAGUUUGAACACCAUCGAUACUAUCUAAGAUAUUCAAUUCAAGGUUGAUUUUCACUCAUAUGUUAUAAAAUAAUUUGAUGCAGUUUCGUUUUUUAAUGUCACCAAGACCGCAAAACAUGCUUGGAAUCAUCAUAUACCAUGUGCUUCAAUACAGCUAGACUUUUUUCUCAGUUUGUAUUGCAUAGUUGCAUGCCUUCCUUCUAUAUUGUUAGAAGAACAAACAUAAUUUGGUUUCUUAAAUAACCAUCAAUAAAGUUGUUAUGUUUCUACAUCAAAAACUUUUAAACGCUUUUCAUAUGAAAUUGAUAUUGCCAUUUAAUGUAUGCUCUUAAAUUUAAUACCUGAAAAAAAUAUCAGUGAAUUUAUGUUAGAACACCUUUACAAGAAUGGAAAAUAAGCUCUGGUAUGCAUCACUGUCUUUGCACAUGACUGUUAUGUAAUAUUAAACAUGAUUAACUUUCAUAACAAGAAAGUUACAUCCGAAGACCUGAAUUAAUAUUUAUACAUGCUAAGACAUCGCUUGACAGAUUUUAUUUAUUUCCAUAUCUCUCUUUGUUCUUUGUUAUGCUAUGAGUCUGGAAAUGUGCAAAAGAUUAAAGGAAAUAUAGCUAUUGGAUACAAUUCUAUUAUUGUUGAAUAUAUACCAUUUUAGUAAACUUUUUAAGACGAAAACUCGUAGUGAGAUAUUAUCAAAGUUAAUUUAUUAUUGAUAUCUCUAAUUCAAUAAAUGACGUUUUGAACUAGGUUUUCCUUGUUGAAUAUUCACCCUUGUUUUAUCAGUUGAAUAAAGUGACUUUUCCGAAAACUGAGUUUAUCACAUAUUCUACUAUGACUUAUAAUGCUUUCAUUUGAUCAAAUAAUUUACUUAAAAACAUGUUUAAAACGAAAUGUCACAUGGUAUAACUGUCUUAAUUAAAUUACACACACAGGGAGUUGGUUAACGUUGGUAUAGCAAAACCGUGUUUUCACACUAUUUAUACACGAUGGGGGGUAAACGUCGGGCGUAAUAAUUUCAUGUGGGCACAUUACUUCUUAUUUAGUGAAACAGAGCCAUUACAUAAAUUUGACAAUACACUAAUGUAAUAAAGCUUUGACGUCGACGUCAUUUAAGGUAUCGGACACGUUGGUUAAAUUGAAAUCUUUAAAUAGUUAAGGAAAGUAGAUGUUUUUAUAUUUGGGCAGGAAAAGCUAACAUGUGAUAAAAAAGAAUAUAAUAUUUGUGACUUCUCCACAUUGAAUUUAUUAAACGAGUUGAAUAAAAUUGAUAAAAUGCUUGGUGUAACCUCGCAUUUCACAUUUUAUUCACCUCGCUGAAUAAGUUCAAUAUGAAAAGACAAUCUUGUAAUGCCUUAUAUUUAAAGUACAAUAAAGUUAAAGAUAUAUUUAAAUUGAACGAAUAUAUUAUUCACUGAAUCAGUUUAACGACCUCAGUAGAUGUUAUAUGUUUUAAUUUGCCUCUCAUUCCAGUUAUCGUUAUCAUUAAAUGAAAAAUCUAUGUACACGUCUAUUUCUUAUAAUUUUUAUAAAUCAUUUCCAAUGAAAUUGAAGUUGCAACAUGUCAACAAUGACAGUAUUCUGUCUGUUAAUAAUCAAUGCAUGUACACUUAUACAUAUAGAGAUGACAGCUAUCCAAAGAAGGCGGAUCUGUUUUAAAUUUUUAGGGACUAAGAGCGAUGAUAGUUUAGGAGCCGGUAAUAACAUAGCAAGUUCGUUAUUUCGCACGUAUUAUUUUGUUUUCAUGGGUCAUUUUUGAAUUUCUUACAACGCGCAAAAGAAAACCAAGUCGAAAAGCGAAACAGUUAUCAUGCUACAUACAUUUUGGAGUCCUACGGCUGUUUCCUGUGGUUGUGCUCAUUUGCUGUCAAAACUUUGUGUACUGUAAAUUUGACAUGAAUUGUUAUUUAAGGCUAGCCUUUUGUUAUUUGCGGCAGCCCGACACUUUAUUUUUAAAGCCAUGAACAAACAUUGCAAAGCAUCGCAGUUACAUACAGUAUUACAGUAUUUUGGUUGUAUUGUGUAAACAGUUGUCUAUUAUUCCUAAGUAAAAGUGACUUCAAAAUUCAAUGUCGCUAUAAGUUUAGAUUUUGUGA